UAAACUUUGAAGAAUGAAGAUUAUUCUAAUUUGAAUUUUCUACCCGCGUAGACAUGUUAAUUAUAAAAAGAAAUUCAUAAAUACCCUUUACGGCGAUUUUCCUGUGUUAAACAUCAAACUGUGCCACGUAAUAAGUGAAGUUUUCUGUGAUAAACCAAUAAAAAAAUACUUCGGCGGCGUAUUCCUCUUUUAAAAUCGCAACAUGUCUCGAGAUAGAUCCUCCCGACGCUUUUACCGGUCCGAGUCCACACAUGAUCUCCUCUCCUACAUGGACCGCGGGCAGGCGGCUAUUGACGAGAAUAGAUGGACCUUCGAAACCGCAUGGGAGGCUGCAAAUAAAGUGGGAGGAAUCUACACAGUGAUACGGUCCAAAGCUUUUGUUUCUACUGAGGAGAUGGGUGAAAACUACUGUUUACUAGGUCCUUUCAAGGAGACCUGCGCUCGUCAAGAAGUGGAAGAACAGGACUUCCCACCAAAUUCACCUCUCACAACAGCAGUCAACGCCAUGAGAAGUCAGGGAUAUAAGUUACACACAGGCACCUGGCUUGUAGAUGGCAACCCUCAAAUAAUUCUCUUUGACAUCGGAUCAGCCGCGUGGCAGAUGGACAGCUACAAGCAGGAACUCUGGAGCACCUGUUCCAUUGGAAUACCACAUCUGGAUGUGGAAGCCAAUGAUGCUGUUAUACUUGGCUUUAUGGUUGCGCAGUUUAUCACUGAGUUUCGCAAAGCAGCUGAGAAGUACAGUGAUACACCACCGAGAGUUGUGGCACAUUUCCACGAAUGGCAGGCGGGAAUUGGUCUCAUUGUAUUGCGUGUUCGUCAUGUGGACGUAGCGACGGUGUUCACGACGCACGCGACACUCCUUGGAAGAUAUUUGUGCGCUGGCAACACUGAUUUCUACAAUAAUUUGGAUAAGUUCUCAGUUGACGAAGAGGCAGGAAAGAGACAGAUAUACCACAGAUAUUGUAUGGAGCGCGCAGCGGCCCAUAUGACGCAUACAUUCACCACAGUCUCCGAUAUCACAGGAUUCGAAGCGGAACACCUUCUCAAACGAAAGCCGGAUUUCAUAACACCAAAUGGUUUGAAUGUUAAGAAAUUUUCAGCGCUUCAUGAGUUUCAGAAUCUUCACGCGUUAGCUAAGGAGAAAAUCAAUGAAUUCGCUAGAGGACAUUUCUAUGGGCAUUUCAAUUUUGAUCUGGACAAAACUUUAUAUUUCUUCAUCGCUGGUCGAUAUGAGUUCGGUAACAAGGGCGCCGAUAUCUUUAUAGAAGCACUCGCACGGCUUAACCAUUAUUUGAAGGCUUCCGGGUCAGAAAUGACCGUAGUAGCAUUUCUAAUAUUUCCCGCUAAGACGAAUAACUUCAACGUUGAGAGUUUAAGAGGUCACGCGGUCACCAAAUCCCUUAGAGACACUAUACAGGAUGUUCAACAGCAGAUUGGAAAGAGGAUGUAUGAUAUAUGCUUGAGAGGCCAUCUACCCGACACAUCAGCCCUACUACAGAAGGAAGACACCGUUCGCCUAAAAAGAUGUAUUUACGCGUUGCAACGCGACGGUCUUCCACCUGUUACAACCCACAAUAUUGUGGAAGAUUGGAGCGAUCCGGUUCUCAACUCAAUUCGAAGGUGUGAACUUUUCAAUACAGUGAACGAUAAAGUUAAAGUUAUUUUCCACCCGGAAUUCCUGUCUUCCACCAACCCCUUAUUUGGUCUGGACUAUGAAGAGUUUGUCAGAGGUUGUCAUCUUGGCGUCUUUCCUUCAUAUUACGAGCCAUGGGGUUACACGCCCGCCGAAUGCACAGUUAUGGGUAUACCUAGCGUCACAACUAAUUUGUCUGGCUUCGGUUGCUUCAUGCAAGACCACAUAGCUGAUCCGAUGUCAUACGGCAUAUACGUCGUGGACCGCCGCUACAUCUCGCUAGAGGGCUCUGUACAACAAUUGGCGCAGUACAUGUUCGACUUUACCAAAUUAACAAGACGUCAACGGAUAAUACAAAGAAAUAGAACGGAGAGACUGAGCGAUCUUCUCGAUUGGAGGAAUUUGGGAAUUUACUAUCGUCAGGCGAGAGCUGAAGCACUAAAAAUCGUAUAUCCUGAUUAUGUUGACCACAUGCAUAUGGAACUCGGGAAACGAUUUAACUACCCACGCCCAAUAUCCGAGCCACCUAGCCCCACACAUUCCAGAGCCACUACACCAGCCGCUUCAGUCCACGGUUCUGAUGAUGAGGAUGAAGUGGAUGAGGAGAAGGAGUUAGCCGAACUAAGGAUUACAGAUAACUAGACCUAGACGGUGGAUAAACCUUAAUUGGUAAUUCAUCGGGAAAGCGGGAUCGUGCUACAAAUCUGUCAGAUCUGGUUCCGACAUGUUUGUAGCACUAUUUGGAGAAUAAUCUAGAAAUAGAAUUUACUUUAGUUUACUGAAAAAAAUUAUCAUAAUAUUUAACUGUCUUGCCUUAUAUUUUUAUAUGAUGAUUAAAAUAUAUAUCUCUCUGACAAAUGUACAAAAAAUAGUUCCUAUAUCCUCUGCCAAACCUUACCUCUUAUGAAUACUCAUGUUUAUAAAAAAAGAGCAAUAUUUUUUAAAGCCUAACUACUUAUAUUACAAUUUUCCGCUAUUGAUUAUGAUGAUUUCAAGUGUUUAAAGUAGAAAAAUUAAUCAUUACUCUGUUAGAAAUGUCUAUUUUUGUAUGAAGUGCAAAUUAUUGAAUUUGUGCGCAUUUAAAAUCAAGCAAUAUAAAAAUAGCACAAAUAAUAGAAAAAAUAGAAAUUUUCUUUGAGUGUUUCUUAAUUAAUAUUAUUAUUAUAUUAAAAUAUGUUAAGCUUAAGAGUAUAGAUUAUAUGUUUAAUUAUGAUACUGCUACAGAGUAGUAACUGCAGAUUUCUAUACGCACAUUAAAAAAAAACAUUGAUUUUAUAUCAUAAUAUUUUUGAUAUAGGAUAAAAAGCCAUGUUUUUAAAAAUAUACAAAGAAAAUCACUAGAACUAUGGACUAAUCUUAACGCAGUAUAAGAUUAACUUGUUCAAGAAAGGGUUAACCUUAGAGAAUUGUACUCUGUAGCCACACCAUAGACUAGAAAAACUACAACGGGGACCUACUUGCAAACAGCUAUCAUAAAUAACAUGUAACUAAUGUUGGAUACGAAUUCAACUUAUAAUCAAUAGCGUUUAUUUGUCUGAAAUAAUACUAGAACAAAAUAUUGUGGUGUACUAACGGGCCACAGGCAAUUGUUGAUAAAACAGUAGUACAUGCUCAAAUUCUACCACUAUUUAAAUUUUUUUAGGUGAGUCUGAUACUUCCUCUUUAAUUUUUUUUGUUUUGAUUUAUUUUAAACGAAUUAUCAUAUUUAAAUAAGCUAAUAGAUUAUUUACAACAGUUAUAAUAAAUAUAUAAUUUAUUAAUUGAUACUGCCAUAUAUAAUGCAUGUUUUUAAAAUUAUUACUUUUAAAAUGUAUGCACAAAUUGUUAAAAUGAAUUUGGUAAGUGCCAUUUGUUAUGAAUAAAUAAAUGUGUUCAAUAUAA